CUCUCUCUAACUUUCCCCUUAGAGACUCUUUUUCUCUCCAACUAGGGUUUCCUCGCAGAUACAACGAAAAGAAUCCCAAUAAUUGAAUUGAAAAUCUUCUUGAGGAUUUUUCAUCUCCACUUCUUAUAGUUAAAGACACAAGAGAGAACAUAAAGAAGAUCAAACCAUUCUGAGUAGAUAUCUCGGAGCACUUUCCCUUGUUGCUCCAUUAAAAGGGUAUAUAUAUAAGUAAUAACCAAAAAUGUCAUCAUCCUACUCGAACUACACAAACUCACCGUGCGCAGCAUGCAAGUUCCUACGAAGGAAGUGCACGUCACACUGCGUAUUCGCACCAUAUUUUCCACCAGAGGAACCUUUAAAGUUUGCCAACGUCCACCGGAUCUUUGGGGCAAGCAACGUGAGCAAGAUCCUCCAAGAAGUUGCCCCGCAUCAACGGGAAGACGCGGUGAACUCGCUGGCUUACGAGGCGGAGGCACGGCUAAAAGAUCCAGUGUAUGGCUGCGUAGGGGCCAUCUCGGUGCUUCAAAGAGAGGUCUUGAGGCUGCAAAGGGAGCUAGAGGAGACUAAUGCUGAUCUCAUGAGGUGUGCUAGUUAUCUUGGCGGUGAAGCGGCGUCGGCUUAUGGAGGACGGAGGGGUUGACUAGUCAACGGGUUGUAAAGGCAGGGAGGGUGGAUUGUUGAUGUGAUGAAGGUGAUGAUGAUAUUUUCUUAUGUAUGUGUAUGUAAAUAUAUAUAGAUGUAUGUGUAUGUACAUACAUACUUAUGCGUAUGUGUAAUUAUUAAACUGUAUUUUCUUUUACAUGGCAGGUCAACGAAUAUUUUUGAAUACGUUAAAUAAGUAAAUUAUGAAUUGAUGUACUCAUGUUGGG